UGCUGACUGCUGUAAAGAAAUGGGAGGUCUUCCUUUCACACACAACCUCUCAAGACAUUCUGUGUGUACUCUGUGCAACUCCAGCUACUUCAGAUACUCCGGCCAUGCACCGUCAAGGUCUCAACUUUUCCGUUCAUAUUGCCUCCGAAGGUCUCAACUUUUCGGUUCACAUUGCCUCCGAAUAACCCAACUCUCUUUUCAAUCUCAAUUUCUCAGAUUUGUGUUCUCCUUCCUCUGACGUUUGUUGUCUCAAGAGUGUACUAAUUUGUUCCUCAGAUGGCAUCCAAACACUAGCAAGUAGCAAACAAUUUCUUCAAUUUUCUAACUGUACUCAAUUUUCUUUGCUUUGUUCGUUCAGUUCUCCAAGUGAGUUUCUCUCAGUUUCUUUCUUUUCUUUACCAUGUGUUAGUCCUUGAAGCAGUGUAUGUUGAUGUGCUACUUGUUGGGGUAAGUUGGGGUUUAGCGUUGUUGUUUUGCUCCAAUAUUCAGCUGUUUGCUUCCCGAGAAAAAAACGGACCAUGUACUGUAGUAGUUUCCUGGGAUGAGAAAAUUUUUGCUUCAUUCUUGGUCUACAACAUCAUCUCAUUUGACAACCCCCUUGAAAAAAUCUUCUUUUGGCUGGGCAUUCGAAUGAUUUUCGCGGAGACAAAUUAAAGUUUCACAUUCAGAUCUUAUCUUUUCUUACAUUAGAUAAUGGCUCUGAGUUGCUUGGUGUCAAAUCUAUAGCUCGUACCACGUGGGUUUUUUGAGAUUCCAUGAAUUUUCUGCUCCUCCUUGAUUAUUUAGCUUAUGCCGUUGUUGACUGAAAUGCUGGGCUAGCUGCCACAUCACUGUCUGAAGCUUUCUUUGUCAAACUCUGAAAGGGACUACUUUGCUGAAGCUCUAUGGUCCGUUGGUCUAAUUUGGGUCCCAUAUUUAUCUAAGUCUUGAUUCCAGAACCCAUUUCUCUUCUAGGCAUUCCUUUCAAAACUUUGUUUCCCCUUCUUUACAGGUCAUUUUGUCAUAUAUAUCUGCGGCCAUUUGAAUCAUUACGUCAAUAGUACUUGCUCAGUCAAAAUUGUAAUCCUCAUGGGCUGAAUGUCUGAGUUUGGCUUCUGAAUUUCAUGGGUUUUCUCUACUUUUUCAGUCAGGGCCUGCGAAGGACAUUGUCUUCAAUUCUUCUUGUUUUAGAGACCGCAUUGGGUGCUUAAAUCUUCAAAAUUGUGGGGAUUGCCUACUUUUUUCUGCCGUCUUUGUGUAAUCACAUGGGAAAAAACAGAGGAGUUUAAUUACUUCAAUGGUUAACUGGUAGCUAUCCUCAAUGUGUUGUUUUCUUGCAUCUCUAGCAAUAUUCAGAUAUGCUUGAACAAGAGAGACAUUUCUUUCCUUCAACUAUUCUUCUUUCUGUCUUCUUCACUGUAUUCUUUCUAAUUCCUGUGGUCUUAUCACAAAUUCCCUUGGGUUCAAAACUCUCUAUAGCUGAAAAUAACUCGUGGAUCUCUCCCAAUGGUGACUUUGCAAUUGGAUUCUUUAGCCAUUCUGAUCAGCAUAACCAGUUUAGUGUUGGUAUUCGUUUCAAUUCUAAAUUGAUUCCCUUGGGGAAACAAAUUGUGGUCUGGGUUGCUGGAGCUGAUGAUACAGUUGGUAACAAUUCCUAUUUUGAGCUUAGUCACGAAGGGGAGUUUGUUUUGUUUGAUUCGUCAAAUGGGAUCAGUGCAUGGACCAGCAAAACAUCCAAAUUAUCUGUUGCUUCAGCUCUCCUUCGUGAUGAUGGGAAUCUUAUUCUACUAGAUAAGGAGGGAAUUAUUGUUUGGCAGAGCUUUGAUACUCCAUCUGACACACUUCUUCCUGGCCAGCAUUUAUCUGUUUAUAAGAUGCUCCGAGCUGCGAGUAAAAAUUCAGUAUCAAGUUACUACAAUCUCUACAUGAAUGCGUCCGGUCAGUUGCAACUGAAAUGGGAAACUAGUGUCAUUUACUGGACAAGCCACAGUCAUGCUCACACAAAUCUGACUGCUAUCCUCACAUCUGGUGGAGCCUUGCAAGUUUUGGACCAGAAAUUGAACAUUGUUUGGUCUGCCUUCGGAGAAGAUCAUAACGACUCUAUAAGUUUCCGGUUCCUCAGGUUAGAUGUUGAUGGUAAUCUGCGGUUAUACUCAUGGAUAGAAUCUUCACAAUCAUGGAGAUCAGUCUGGCAAGCUGUUGAAAAUCAAUGUGAUGUCUUUGCAACCUGCGGCGAACGUGGAAUCUGUUCCUUCAAUUCAUCAGGCUCACAGAUUUGUGAAUGCCCAUUUAAGUUUGCAUCUGAACAUGUCCAAAGAUGCUUGACUCCAUAUCAGCAGAGUUGUCAAUCUGGUUCUAGUAUGAUGACAUAUGAGCACUCCUACCUUUAUGGCAUUUACCCACCAAAUGAUUUAGUCACCCUUUCUAGUUUACAGCAAUGCAAAAAUUUGUGCCUGAAAGACCCAACUUGUACUGCUGUAACCUACAUCAAUGAUGGAACUGCUCAGUGCCGAAUGAAGACAACCCAGUAUGUCUCUGGUUAUUCAGACCCGUCUCUCAGUUCGAUAUCUUUUGUGAAGAAGUGUCUGGACCCGUUAGCUGCUGAUCCCAAUUUAAUAGAACCUUCCCUCGCACAAUCUCAUCGUUCAGGUUCAUAUGAAAUUUGCAUUCCUUGCCUAGUUGGAGCAUCAGCUGCCGCAUUUGUUGUCUUUGUUGCAAUCCAGUUUGCAAUUGGGUUAUUCUUAUGUCGAAGAAGAAAUUUGAUCAAGAAGAAAGCUACAUCAGCCUACACCAGUGAAAACUCAAAAGGUCUUAUCACAUUCUCCUUUACUGAAAUUGAGGAUCUUACUGGAAGUUUCAAGUACCAGAUUGGACCUCGGAUGUAUAAGGGUGUGCUUCCAAACCACCAACCUGUUGCAGUCAAAGACCUGGAACUAGCCAUGGAAGAGAGGAAGUUCCGAAGUACCGUGUCAAAGAUUGGAAGCAUACAUCACAAGAACCUGGUGAAGCUAGAGGGCUUUUGUUGUGAAUCAGAUCACCGAUUUCUGGUUUACGAAUAUGCAAAGAACGGUUCUGUGGAGAAAUGUAUAGAUGAUGCUGAGUUGGGUUCGAGGCUUAGUUGGAAAAGGAGACUAGACAUAUGCUCAAGUGUGGCAAGGGCCAUCUUUUACUUGCAUACAGGUUGUAGGGAAUUUAUAAGCCAUGAAAACUUGAAAUGGGGAAAUGUGGUAUUGGAUAAAAACUUUGAAGCAAAGGUGACCGAGUAUGGAUUGGGGAUACUACAUGAAGCAGCAUCGUAUGCUGGUGGUUCAGCAGAGAAAGAUAUAGAAGAUUUUGGGAAAAUGGUGCUGAUAUUGUUAAGUGGGUGUGGAGGUGGUGAAGAUGUGUGCGAGUGGGCUUAUAAGGAAUGGCUGGAAGGCCACCCAGAAAGGGUAGUAGAUAAAAGAAUCGUCAACAGUGGAAUGAAGUUGGAGGAGCUGGAACGAGCAUUGAGAAUCGCGUUUUGGUGUGUUCAAGCGGAUGAACGUAUGAGACCUUCCAUGGGGGAGGUAGUCAUGGUGUUGGAGGGCACAAUGACUGUUGAUCCACCACCACCUCCUUUUGCUAGACGAAGUUUAACCGAUAAAGAAGAGUCAUUGGAGCAGGGCUCGGAAGCAAAGAGUCCAGCUGAAUUUUGAAGAUUCGAAUUUUGAUUGUCUGUAUAAUAGGGCUAAUUGUGGGAGAAAAUUUAUACCCAUUUUUUCCUCUCUUGUUGAACAUGAAGCAAGGGAUGUUGUAAGAAGGAACAAGAAUGUUUCUCAAUGGAGUCUCUGCUUGAAAUUUGCAGUUGUUGAACAUCUGAGGACCUUAUUCUACGCUACUUAAGAUUGGAUUA